GACCCAAACUCAAUCAAACGCGAACAUUACCCGCAACAUUUUGCUCUCUCUUCUUCGGCGAUCUCCUUCCUCGACGGGAGAGAUAACUCGAGAACCUCCUUCACUACCGACGGCAAGUGGCGUCGAGGAUUUCGUUGACCCCUGAAGACCAUACUAGUUCUUCGAGGUGUACUAUCGCCUUUGCUGCCGGAUUCCAUUGAUCAUGCGUCAAUAGAAAGGGAGGCGGCGAAGGGGGGAGAUGGGGAUCUCCUUCAAGAUUUCAAAGAUCGGGAAGCGGUAUCAUCCGAAAUCGAACUUUAAGCCGGAGGAGGACGACCAAUCGAAGGAGGGCUAUGAGGAGAGCUCGCAUGUCCUUCACGGAGCUGGAUUGGACCGCGAGAUUGAAAUAACUAAUGCUGCAAAUGGCACCAACAAUCUAUUUCCAGAACAUGAGGUGUCCUUUAUCUUGAACCUUUAUCUGAAUGGAUACUCCAUUGGAAAGCCUUCUGAGAUUGAGAACUGUCAGACUCAGCUUCAGGAUGUUAAGCCAUUGCAUCCAUAUGAUAGAGCAUCUGAGACACUAUUUUCUGCUAUUGAGUCAGGGUGGUUGCCAAGUGACAUACUCGAUGAUAUACCUUGCAAUUACUAUCACGGGACUGUUGUCUGUGAGGUACGAGACUAUAGAAAAUGCUUUUCUGAACAAGGAAGUACUGCUUCGGCUGCCAAUGCAACUCCAAUUGUACAGAAAGUACAAUUAAGGAUGUCAUUGGAAAAUGUCAUUAAGGACAUUUCUUUAAUAGCUGAUGAUUCUUGGACAUACAGUGACCUAAUGGAAGUAGAGGCACGAGUUGUGAAAGCAUUGAACUCACAUCUUUAUUUAAAUCCUACUCCAAAGUUGGAGAGACUUUGGAAAGGUCCUACUGUUACCAAGCUCAAUUUUGGUAUUGGAAGAAAGAAGCGUCCACUGCAUACUUCUGAAGUGACCAUUUCAUCCAAUAACCAAAAUCCUGAAAAGAAGAUCUGCACUGAUAGGAUAUCUGAGAGUUCUCAUUGUGGGUCAGGAGAAACAGAAUCUCAAGUAAGACAUGCAUCACUUCAACAAGCUUACGAAACUAUGCCAUUGCAACAUCUAUCGAGUGGAGUUCAGUCAAUGAGAUCUAACAAGUUUGGUAUGAAACUUACUUUGCCUCUGCCCUCUCAGGCCAAGCUUCAAACAGUUGUCAACUCGCCUACUAGUUCACAGGAUCAUGGACCUGGACAUCCAUCCAGUAUUUCUGGGAUAACUGCAAAUAUAUCUUCAUCUCAGAACUUAAUGGGUUCACAUCCUGACAAAGUCAGUAACUCCCCUCGUUCCAUGAAAAGGGAGAACCUAGAUUCCCAGUUGACACCUUUUAUUGGCAUUAAGAGGCAGAAGCAAACACCAACAGGGGUAGAUGGCAUUCAGCAACAGUGGCAACAAAAAGGGUCUCAAUUGGUAGGAUUAACUGGAACAGAUUUGCAGUGGAAGAACCAAAUGCUACAUUCCCAUGUAGAUGCAAAGGGGGGUCAGUAUGCUUCUACUCUAGGCAAUCAGAGGUAUCCUACAACUGUUGUAAAUAGUACGCCUAACCAAGAUCCAGGAGCUUCUUUCCAUUUUAAUCACCAAGGUAUGAGAUUUGGUCCCAAGGAAGAACAGUUAGAUAGACAAGAGCAAGAUAGAUGUAAAGAAGUUCUUCAGGCACUCCCUGUUAACAGUCCAGUUGAUCAGCAGCAAUCACGAGCACAUUUACUACAACAGCCAUAUAUAAGAAAUCAUCCUCCAACCCCUGUCCAGUGGCAGAAUGCCCGACCAGUAUCUGAAAAGGAUAUGUUAAAAGAUGAUACAUAUCAGAAAAGGAAAUCAGUGCCCAGCCCUAGGGUGUCUUCUGGACCCAUGGUCCAGUCACCAGUAUCAUCAAGAUCGGGAGAAAUUUCCAGUGGAUCUGCAGGUGGACAGUUCAGUGGCAUUGCAACAGCUUCUGCUCUGGGUGUUCAAAAGGAUAAGUUAAUAGCAAAUUCUAAUGCUGCAAUUGGUGCUCCUUCUGUGACUUCUAGUCCUAGUGACUCUCUUAACCGACAACAGCAUACCUCAGGGACUGCAAAAAGCAAACCAAAUUCAAUGACCAAAACUCAGAAUGUGAGUGCAGUUGGAUCUCCUGCCAGUGUUAGCAAUAUGAAUCCUUCCCUCAUUGUUAACAGUCCUUCAAUUGGGACUGCUCCUCUCGGCGAUCAAGUCAUUAUUGAGAGAUUUAUGAAAAUUGAUGCAAUAACCCAAAGAUACCAACUUAAUCUCAAGAAGAAUAAAGUUGAUGACUAUCCUGAAAAGGGACCAACACAGCAUUCUACCCAGGAACUUGCAAUUUGGCUAUCUGAUUCAUUCAAUGGUGAGGACUUCACAGAUCAAAGAAAACCAUUGUCAAAAUCUUUAAUUGGUGGGACAAUUAAUACCUGCAUGGACAGAACAAUCAGCUUUCUGCGCAAUGAGCCAGUGCAUCAAGUUUCUAUGAGGUUGAUCAUGACUGAGAAGCCCUUUGAUGGUACUGUAUCAAUGCAGUACGAGUACAUGGAUGAUUCUAAGAUUCAAGAUUAUCAGCUAACAUUACCCACAACUAACCAUGCAGAUCUGCUUGCGGCACAGUUUGCUCAACUGAUGGAACAUGAUGGAUUUCAGAAGGCUGAAGAUAAAAUACAACCUAUACCCAUCCACAUGGUUGCUCCUCCAGGUAACCUUUCUUCAGGUUCACCAAUGAUGGUAGAUACCUCUACAUCUGAAAUGAAACCGCCAGAAAUAGCUAGUGGUCAACCAUCACAAGUACCUUUCCCUGCUGUUGCCAAUGCAAUUGGACCGAUGAAUUCUUCCCAACAUCCUUUCAGCAAUGCAAGGAUGAUGGCAGCUGCUAACUACAGUCAGAAUCUGGCGAUAACACAAGGUUAUCUCACAGGGGCUUCCAUGUCUGCCAGGUUGCAGCAGGUUGAUCAAUCUAUGCUGAAAUCACAUCAGCAGCAACCACAGCAGCAGCAACAGAUGCAACAAAACACAUCACAAUUGCAACAGCAGCAGCUUCCAUCUACACAACUUCAGAGGUCAUCAACACUGCUCUCGGCCAAUCCUCUGUCUCAUAUGAUUGGUCAGAAUUCAAAUCUGCAAAUAGGAACUAAUCAGAUGGUGAAUAACAAACCAUUGCAGCUUCAGAUAUUGCAACAGCAGAAGCAACAGCAGCAACUUCCUAGGAAAAUGAUGGAGCUUAACCCUGCCAUGAGCAUGGGAAACAUGGGCAACAAUGUGAUGGGCCUUGGUAACUUGAACAAUGUAAUAGGCAUGGGUGGCAUGCGUGCUAUAUCAUCUCCCAUCGGGACUAUGUCAGGCAUGGGUAACCUAAGCCCACACCAAAUGAACCUGGUUUCAGCUUCCAAUUUCAGUGCAGGCAUUCCUCAAAAUUCUUUGACCCAUGCACAGUUUGCUGCAAUGACAUCCAAGUUCAGGAUGGCACCGCAAAAUAGAGCAGGCCUAUACAGUCAAUCUGGUAUUGCAGGCACGGGAGGGAGUACGAACCAGGUGCUACCAUCCUUGUCAGGCCUGUCUAUGUUGAGUGCACUGCAUCGAGCAAACAUGAACCCUUUGCAACGGAAUGCAAUGUCAUCUAUGGGCCCUCCUAAAGGACCUGGAGCAAACAUUUACCUCAAUCCUCAGCAACAGCAGCAGCUUCAGCUGCAGCCGCUACAACAACAACCACAGCAGCAGCAGCAGCAGCAAAUUCAGCAACAAAUAAGUUCACCAUUGCAGCAGGCCCAGGUGGGCUCCCCACCAUUGGUGGUCUCUCCUUCAGCAAUGUUGAUGCAACAUCAGCAGCUGAGCCCUCAACAAAUGGGCCAACAAACUGCAUUGAGUCCCCAGCAGCUGAGCUCAGGUGCAUUGCAGCAGAUAAACAAUAGUGCUAAUCCUGAGGCUGGGCCUGCAAGUCCACAACUGAGCUCACAGACACAUGGGUCUGUUGGAAGCAUCACAAGUUCCCCUAUGGAGCAACUGCAAGGUGCUAACAAGGCUGGGUCAGCCAGCAAUGUUUAGGUUGGUGUAAAUGAAAGCAUCCCUUUGGCAAUAGUAAACCUGAACUGAUUGAUUUAGCGUAGCUCUUUUGGGAACAUGACUUCAGAGACAUUUGCUAAAUUGCAUUCGAGCAUGUCAGUCAGAGCACUUCAAUAUGUUUAAAAAUGCGAGUUGGCAGCGCAAAUGUUGUAUCAUGUGAAACCCAGAUUGUUUAUUAGUGUUGGUUUUGCCCACCAUAUGAAAAGUAAUCUUGCAAUAUCUGUAUAUACAUGCGAUUUCGCACAUUCUUGCAGGCUUUUAAAUGAUUUUGAGAUGUAUUAUCCAAGUUACAAGUUAUAUUUAUUACUAGCACAUGAUUGAAGGCCUCAACCUAUGGUAUAUGUUAUGUUUGAUUUGCAUGAAAGUUAGAUGUAA